CCCUUCUCAAACUCAUACAAUACAUCAUGAAGUUCUCUCUCUCUCUCGCUGUCCUUGCCCUUGCUGCCUCCCAGGCCAUGGCUGUUGUUCCCAUUCCAGUCAAGAACUGCACUAAGUCUAUCAUCGUCCCACCUGAUGCCGGAACUUGUCUUGCAUUCGCUAAAGCACAUGGAGUCACCUUCCAGGACCUUCAGAAAUGGAACGAGAAGCUUAGGGACGACUGCGCGAACCUCGAUGAAGGCCAACCCAUCUGUGUCUCCGUCACUGCUGGUGAUUGCUGCUUGGCUCUCACUCCAUCCCCUGUAAUUCCGAAAUCCACUACAGUGUCCGGUGCUCCCACUGGCGCCCCUACUGGUGUUCCUACUGGUGCUCCCACUACUGCCCCCGCUGGUGUCCCCACUGGUGCUCCCACCACUGCCCCUGCUGGCACUCCCGCACGCACAUCCGCUCCUGCCGGUAGCUCGCCUUCUACCCUGCCCAGCAGCGCAAACGGAAACAAGGCAUCUAUCGUUCUUGGUGCUGCUGGUGUCCUUUUGUCGGCCGUUUACAUGCUUUAAAUUAGGCAACCUUCAUUGUAUUAGUAUAUCCCGUUUAAUAAUUCCGUAAUCCUUACUUAUCCAAAAAUAAUAUCCUUCACAUAAAAGAAAAAAGAUAUUGUGCAAAAUUACUGAAAAUGUUUUCUGGAUGUUAUAAUCAA